CACACCCCACAGCGCUGGGUGCUGCCGGUUGUGGGGUGCACCCCAAGAAAACACCCCAAAAACCUCCCCCCCCGCCCCACCAUGGCGGGCACCCCCCCGGCUUUCACCCUCCUCUUCCUCACCGCCCUCACCCCCCUGGCAGCCGAGGAAGUGGUGCUGCUGGACUUCGCCAAGGCACAGGGGGAGCUGGGUUGGCUCACCCAGCCCUACGGCAGAGGGUGGGACCUUCUCCAGAACGUCCUGAACGACUCCUUGAUCUACAUCUACUCGGUGUGCAACGUGCUGGAGGGCGAGCAGGACAACUGGCUCCGCACCAACUGGAUCUACCGCGGGGUGGCCCAACGCAUCUUCAUCGAGCUCCAGUUCACCGUCCGCGACUGCAACAGCUUCCCCACGGCCGGCGGCGGCUCCUGCAAGGAGACCUUCAACCUCUACUACGCCGAAUCCGACGUGGAUUACGGCACCAACUUCCAGAAGAGGCAAUUCCAAAAAAUCGACACCAUCGCCCCGGACGAAAUCACCGUCCAGGACGAUUUCGCCACCCGCAACGUGAAGCUCAACGUGGAGGUGCGCUCGGUGGGGCCGCUCCGGCGCAAAGGCUUCUACUUGGCGUUCCAGGACUUGGGAGCCUGCGUGGCGCUGGUGUCCGUGCGGGUUUAUUACAAGCGCUGCCCCGCGGUGGUGCGGGGAAUGGCCCGUUUCCCCCAAACGGUGGCCGGCGCCGACUCGCAGACGCUGGCUGAGGUGCGGGGGACGUGCGUGGAGGACGCGGUGGCCCCGGACGCCCCCGCCCUGCACUGCAACGCCGACGGCGAGUGGCUGGUGCCCAUCGGGCAGUGCCUGUGCCGUGCCGGCCACCAGCGCCUCGGGGACACCUGCCAAGCUUGUCCCCCCGGCUCCUUCAAGGCGGGAGUGUCCCCAGGUGACUGCCAGCCCUGUCCCCCCAACACGCUGCCCCCCCCGGCCGCCGCCGCCUCCUGUCCCUGCCAGGACGGCUUCUUCCGCGCCCCCGACGACCCCCCCAGCGACCCCUGCACACGUCCCCCCUCUCCCCCCCAGGGUGUCACCGCCGUGGGGCUGGGGGCCACAGUGCAGCUGCGCUGGUCACCCCCUGCCGACCCGGGUGGCCGUGAGGAUGUCACCUACGUUGUCACCUGCGAGCAGUGCUGGCCGGAGAGCGGGGAGUGCCGGCCCUGCGACGGGGGGGUGCGCUAUUCGCAGCCCCCCCAGGGGCUGACAGGGACAGGGGUGACUGUCACUGACCUGGAGCCACACGUCAACUACACCUUCAGCGUGGAAGCGCGGAACGGAGUGUCACCCUACAGCCAGCACCGCAGUGCGGCCACCGUCACCAUCAGCGUCAACCAGACGGAGCCGCCCCGGGUGACGUCGGUGAGCCUGGACGGCCGGACGGCCACCAGCUUGGUGCUGUCCUGGACAGUGCCACCGCGGCAGCAGAGCCGGGUCUGGAAGUACGAGGUCACCUACAGCAAGAAGGUGGACGAGAACAGCUACUCAGUGCUGCGCUGCGAGGGCACCUCUGUCACCCUCCCCAAGUUGUCCCCUGCCACCACCUACGUGGUGCGUGUCCAGGCGCUGACCCAGGACGGCCAUGGGGCCUACAGCCCCCAGCAUGAAUUCGAGACCCUGCCGGAGGGCGCCGAGGCCAUGGCAUCCACCGCCGUCAUUGGCGGCUCUGUCGUUGGCAUCAUCUUCGUCCUUCUCCUCUUGGCCGCUCUCGUCUAUGUCCUCCGGCGGAGGAGGAGGUCACGGCCACGCCAGUCUGCUGAAGACGUCUACUUCUCCAAGUCAGACCAGCUGAAGCCCCUCAAGACCUACGUUGACCCCCACACCUACGAAGACCCCAACCAAGCCAUGCUCAAGUUCACCACCGAGAUCCCACCGUCCUUCAUCACCCGUCAGAAGGUCAUCGGUGCUGGUGAAUUUGGGGAGGUCUACAAGGGCACCCUGAAGCGGGGGAAGAAGGAGGUGCCUGUGGCCAUCAAGACGUUGAAGGUGGGCUACACGGAGAAGCAGCGGGUGGACUUCUUGAGCGAAGCCACCAUCAUGGGCCAGUUCUGCCACCACAACAUCAUCCGCCUGGAGGGGGUCGUCUCCAAAUACAAGCCCUUCAUGAUCAUCACAGAGUACAUGGAGAAUGGCGCGCUGGAUAAAUUCCUUCGGGAAAAGGAGGGAGAAUUUGGUGUCAUCCAGCUGGUUGGGAUGCUGCGGGGUAUCGCUGCUGGCAUGAAGUACUUGGCCAACAUGAAUUACGUCCACCGUGACCUCGCCGCCCGCAACAUCUUGGUCAACAGCAACUUGGUCUGCAAAGUGUCCGAUUUUGGGCUCUCCAGGGUGUUGGAAGAUGACCCUGAUGCCACCUACACCACCAGCGGGGGAAAGAUCCCCAUCCGUUGGACGGCACCCGAAGCCAUCUCCUACCGCAAGUUCACCUCGGCCAGCGACGUCUGGAGCUACGGCAUCGUCAUGUGGGAGGUGAUGUCCUACGGCGAGCGACCUUACUGGGAGCUCUCCAACCAUGAGGUGAUGAAGGCCAUCAAUGAGGGUUUCCGCCUCCCGGCCCCCCUGGACUGUCCCUCCGCCAUCUACCAGCUGAUGUUGCAAUGCUGGCAGCAGGACCGUGCCCGGCGCCCCAAAUUCGCCGACAUCGUCAGCAUCCUGGACAAGCUGAUCCGCGCCCCCGAGUCCCUCAAGGCGCUGGCGGAUUUUGACCCCCGGGUGUCCAUCCGCCUGCCCAGCACCAGUGGCUCGGAGGGCGUCCCGUUCCGCUCGGUGCCCGAGUGGCUUGAGUCCAUCCGCAUGCCCCAGUACACCCAGCACUUCAUGGCCUCGGGCUACAGCACCAUCGAGAAGGUCCUGCAGAUGACCAGCGACGACAUCAAGAAGAUCGGGGUGCGCUUGCCAGGGCACCAGAAGCGCAUUGCGUACAGUCUGCUGGGGCUGCAGGAACAGGCGGCCGCCGGGGGGGUCCCCCUGUGACCCCCCAAAGAAACCAACCCAUGAAGACCCCCCCUCCUUCCCGAGGGGUUUAUUUAUUAUUUCUAUUAUUAUUAAGGCUUUUUUAAUAGUAUUUUUAUUAAUAUUAUCCCCGCGGUUGGGGAGAAAAGAUUCACCCCCAUCCUCCCCUCCCCUAGAAAACAAUUAUGAACAUAAAAUUUCAAGCUCAUUUUUGGGCCGGGGGGGGAUGUUUUAGGGGGGUUUCCUGUUGUUUUUGCCACAUUUCAAGACAAAACCAAGGGGUUCAGCCCCUUGCUUUGCUUUGUUUUGCUUUAUCCCUCCCCCCCGCAGGUUUUUGGGUGGUUUUUCCCCCUUUUUAGCACAGAUCUCCCAUUGUUCCCUUCCCCCCCUUUAUUUUUUAACCUAAUUUAUUCUAUUUUUGUAUAUUUAUUGCGAGGAAGUGAAAGUUGUGUCCGAUUCGGGACAGAAAAAAAGGGGGCGAAAUUAAAUCCCAGAUAUUUUUAAUCCCUCCCCCCCCUUUAUUUUCACAGAUUUUCAGGGGUUUGGGGCAUUUUGGUGGGGUUUUGAUUGAAAUAAAAAUGUGCUUUUUUUCUA